UUUUAUAUUUCUCUGUUUUUCUUAUAUUUUUUUUUCUUUUGUAAUCUUAAAAUGCUUAAAAAGAGACACGGUUUUUCGUUCGGAAAUGGAGAACAGCAUGAGAAACAAGACAAAGAUUCAGGUCGAUUACACAAGAUUUUACGCUAUAACACCACACCGACCCCAGUGCAAGAAGAGCAAGAACCCGAAGAUAUUCUUGCGGACAGUUUGAUGUUUCAACAAGCAACACCACCUGUUUGGAAAAGAAAGCGAUUUCAUUUUAUCGUUGGUUUAUCAGUAGGAUUAUUAGCAGCUUAUGGAGCCUCGACGACGCCCACUGCACAAACGCAUUUAAACGAACUGCAGACGUAUUUGACGCUACAGAUUGCAGACAUGAUACCCGUGACAGACUUGGUGGAUGAAAUUUUUGGCAAUUUUACAAAUUUCUUUACACCCGUACCUUCUAGUGAUCAAAGUUUUAUGCCUGCAUUGGUGCACAAGCAGGAGAUGGACCUGAAACCGCAUUUCCCUGUCGUCUUGAUUCCUGGUAUCAUCUCUUCUGGAUUAGAAAGCUGGGGUACAUCUGAAAAGUCUCGUCGUUUCUUUCGAAAAAGGAUGUGGGGUACCACUACCAUGUUUCGUUCGGUAUUACUAGAUAAAGAGAUAUGGACACAGCAUUUGAAACUUGAUCCUGUCACAGGAUUAGACCCACCUGGCAUCAAAAUCCGUGCCGCACAAGGUUUGGAUGCUGCUGAUUAUUUUGUCACAGGAUACUGGAUAUGGGCAAAGAUUAUUGAGAAUCUAGCCUUUAUCGGCUACGAUAACAACAAUAUGUAUUUGGCAAGUUAUGACUGGAGAUUGUCCUUUUCCAAUCUACAAAUACGCGAUCAAUACUUUUCUAAACUCCAGGCGACCAUUGAAACGUCCAAAAACACUAAAGGUGUCCCUGCUGUGAUCGUGACACACUCUAUGGGCUCAACCAUGUUUCCGUAUUUCUUGAGGUGGGUACAAGAUCCCAAAGGAGGUAAUGGGGGUGACGAUUGGACUGAAAAACAUAUUGCCUCUUUCGUCAAUAUUGCUGGUCCUAUGGUAGGUGUACCUAAAGCACUCACUGCCAUGCUAUCUGGUGAAACAAGAGACACAAUGUCAUUAGGAAGUUUUGGUGCAUAUCUAUUAGAAAAGUUCUUUUCUAGAAGAGAAAGAGCUAAUUUGAUGCGUACAUGGGGAGGUGCAUCAUCCAUGUUACCAAAGGGUGGUGAUACGAUUUGGGGUGAUCGCCAUGGUGCUCCUGACGAUACAGCUCUUGGGCAACAUUCGUUCGGCAACAUCAUUUCUUUUACCAAAAAGAAGCAGAAUUCCACUGAGGAGGAAGCUACUAACCAAACGCAGAAAGUCGUGGAUGAAGAUGCAGUCAAUAACUACAGUGUGGAUGAUUCAAUAGAUUUACUUUAUCAGACUGCCAACGGAGAAUAUACCAACAUGUUAGAAUCCAAUUAUUCUAUGGGCAUUAGUGAAUCCAAAAAAGAGUUGGAAAAAAACAAUAAGGAUCCAAAGAAAUGGUCCAAUCCUUUGGAGUCUCAGUUACCAGUAGCACCCAGUAUGAAGAUAUUCUGCUUGUAUGGUGUUGGAUUACCCACAGAGCGAAGUUAUUAUUAUACAAAGGCAAAAGAUGAUGUUGAAAAUAAUGGAGCCAAAUGUGAUCACGAUUGUGAAUUGGAUGUUGCUUCUUUAUUAAACGGGUCAGACAUUAAACAAGAAGAGUUUAUAGACGCUGUUGUAAAAAAAUCGUUUCAUCAUCCCAAUGAAGAAAUACCACAACCACCACCCAUCUAUAUUGAUGGUGCCAUUCAUUCACCUGAAAAUGGUGUACAAACCGGUGUUCGAUUUACAGAUGGUGAUGGUACAGUGCCUGUUUUGUCGUUGGGCUAUAUGUGUGCGCCUUCAGGUGGUUGGACAAAACACGCUGAUUUGUAUAAUCCAGGCCAUAGCCCUGUUGUUCUGAAGGAGUAUGUACAUGAGCAAAGUGACAGUAAAUUGGACGUACGAGGUGGCUCUAAGGCUGGUGACCAUGUGGAUAUUCUUGGCAACUGGGAAAUGACACUGGAUAUUUUACAGAUUGUUUCAAACAAGGGAAAUAACGUGACACAAAGAAUCAUAUCUCAUAUAGAAGACUACGCCCAAAAAAUUCACAUCCAUCCAAAGCCAUGAUAAAUAUAUAAAAGAAAAUGGGGAGUGUUUUUUUCCCCUAUAUAUCCCUAAUUGGACACUUUAGGAGGAUGGUUGUUAUCACAAAAUAAUUAAAGUUUUUACUCCUUCUUAUUUGGGAAAGAGUGUGACUGUGUUUCAAAGAUAUAAAUACUGG